AUGCUGCGAGAUCUACAAAGAGGAGUUAACGGUCCCCUCAACCCACGCAGCUAUUGCUGCGUGGAUCAAGAUGAUCUCAAAAAUGUCUUCUAUCUUUGGGAGGAAUGCCCGGACAACAUAUUCAGGGCAAUCAAGGCCACCUGUACAUCUGAGGCGUCGGAAUUGGGUCGACGACUGUCACCACUUCUGGAAAGACCGCUGUCCGAAUAUCCUAUCUGGAGACUUGAGGAGCAGCUGCGGAUGAUGCAUCGAUUGGACUUUCCCUACUCGUGCUUGGAGCUUCUCUUUGUUCAUAAUGGAAAGCGUCCUCUAUGGCUCCCUACAUUCCUUGACGCCUAUGCGCCCGGAGGAUCGAAUAGUGGCUUGUACUAUGUUCCAGUCAAUCGCCAAGGCCAUAACUUCUUGGAAAGGUCCAAUGGAUACACUAGUUUCUAUUGCAUCGAGUGGAACACCUUCGAACGGCGUGAAGAGGUAUUUACGGAGCCGGCCUUGAGACAGGGGAUGAAGCAAAUGUACAAGGAGGAGCGACAGCCGAUUCUACAGGCACUUGGGAAAACGGAGGAGGAGCUUACCUGGGAAGAAGACCUCCAGAUUUUUAUUGAGUCUACGGGGCCGGAAAAAGUCCAGAGGCAUUUCGUGCAUGCUACGCUAGUGGAUGAUCAAUAUUUGGGAUUGGAUAACAGAAAGAAAUUACCCUGUGUGAUCUUGUAA